CUUCGAUCGAACGAUUUCUCCUUCUCCCAUAGAUAUUCCACCACCAGCGAUUUCCUCUUCACUGCACUGUUGUUCAUCAAAUUUCCUGUUCUGUUCCUCUGCCACAGCCACUCAAAUCUGCUUGGAAAUGGAUAAGAUAAUGUUAUUUGUAGUUUUUAACGGAAGAUGGAAUGCAAACAACAAAUACAUUGAUCAUGAAGUGAAAAUAUUGAUGGUGGAAAAGGAUAUCAAGUAUGUGGAAUUGGUAAACAAGAUAUACAAAGAGCUCAGAUUGAAUGAAAGAUUGAUUUCAACAAACUUGAUUUUUGAUGCAAAUAUGGAUACAAGCAAAGGAAUGAAGAUAGAAAGUGAUGAGAAUUUACAAGUUUAUCUAAACUUGAACAAGACUGUGGAAGAGUUGAAAAAAUGUCCUCUCAUCGUUGAAGUAGAACAGAGAAAUCAAACCAUUUCUUUGCCAAGAGAAGCUAGCAUUCCAUCUGCUUUAGCAAGCAAUGCAACAAGUCACAGUUUGACUCUCACAGACCCCAAUACGAAUACUGCAAGCACUAGCAAGAUGAAGAGCGCCUCAACACAAGAAUCCAACAAAAUUACAGAACACGGGCAAGAAGCUCAAUCACCUCUGCAUGUGUUGCCGAAUAUGGAGAUUGAAGACAUAAGACUCAAUUAUGUUUUCAAGAAUAAGACUGAUCUAAAACAUACACUUGCGAAAAUAGCCAUCAAGAAACACUUUCAGUACAAAAUUCAAAAAUCAUGUUCAGAAGCAUUUUGGGCAAAAUGCAUAGAUGAGAAUUGUGGCUGGUAUGUACGUGCAAGAAGCUCAAAAGUAUCAGACUACUUUCGAGUUAUCAAAUACCAUAAACACCACACAUGCUCCUUAAAUCACAAAAUUUUUGAAAAUAGACAAGCAAGUGCAAAAGUCAUUAGUAGUUACUUCAAAGAGAAGUUUUGUGACCCAGGAUCAACCUAUCGACCAAGGCAAAUAAUAAGAGACAUGAGAGAUGAACAUGGGGUAGGUGUAACAUACAAUAAAGCCUGGAGAGCAAAAACACUUGCAGCUGAUGAUGUUAGAGGGUCAAAUGAGGAAAGUUAUGCAUUGUUGCCUUCAUAUUUGUAUAUGCUACAGUUGGCCAACCCACGAACUAUCACAAGAGUAUGUAAAGAUGAAGAAAACAGGUUUAAAUACAUGUUUAUUGCUUUUGGGGCUUCAUUAGAUGGAUGGAAGCAAUGUAGACCAGUUAUAGUGGUAGAUGGAACAUUUUUAAAGACAAAAUGUGGAGGUACACUAUAUGCAGCUUGUGUUAAAGAUGGAAACAAUCAAAUUUUUCCUCUCGCCUUUGGAAUUGGGGAUUCAGAAAAUGACAAUGCAUGGAUAUGGUUCUUUACAAGACUAAAAGAAGCAAUAGGAGAUCGAGAAAACUUGUGCAUAGUAUCUGUCAGGCAUAAAAGCAUAAAAAAUGCAGUUGAACAAGUGUAUCCUGGUGUAUAUCAUGGAGUUUGUCUUUAUCAUUUGAAGCAAAAUCUAAGGACUAAGUUUAGGGGAUUACAUGUGCAUGCCAUAUUUGAAACUGCUUCAAGAGCGUACUCAGCUCAAGAAUAUUAUUCUGCCAUGGCUGAAUUAUAGAAAAUUAGCCCUGAAAUGACCACUUAUCUUUUGGAAGCAAAACCAGAAAAAUGGGCUCGGCCAUUCUUUCCAACGAAAAGGUAUAACAUUCUUACAAGUAACAUUGCCGAAUCUAUAAAUGCAGCAAUUGUGCAUGCGAGAGAAUUGCCUAUAACGUCGUUAAUAGAAGCUAUAAGAGAGAUGCUACAAAGAUGGUUUUCAACAAGAAAAGAAACAGCAAUCAACCAAUUUGUUGAGGUGACAAAAUGGGCAAAUGAUGAAAUGGAGAUCAAACUUGAUGUGGCAUUUCGAAUGAAGGUAGAUGCAAUUGAUGCAAUGAAAUCUAGUGUCACAUAUGGUGAUCGAGUGUUUGUUGUCGACUUGGAACAACAUAUGUGCACAUGUAAUGAAUUUCAACUAGAGGGAAUUCCAUGUGCACAUGCUAUUGCAGCAAUUAAAAGCAAGUGCUUGGACAAGUACAAAUUUUGCUCAAAUUGGUAUAAAAAUUCCGUUUUGAAAGAGACAUAUGCAGGAUCAAUUAAUCCUCUUCCAGAUAAAGAUGAUUGGAGUGUCCCAGAUGAAAUUAUAGGAGAUAGCAUGAAAGCUCCAAAAUUCAAAGUAAAACAAGGACGUCCCAAGAAAAAAAGAAUUCCAUCAACAGGAGAAUUUCCCAAGCAUGUUCGAACAGUCAAGUGUGGAAAUUGCGGAAUAUUGGGGCAUAAUAGAAAGAAUUGUAAAAGCCAACCAAUUCUAAAAGAAGGAUAACAUUGAGUUGGGAAUUGCAUACAUAUCAUGAUCAUUGAGAUUGAUUAUUGUCCUUGAGUACAGUGCAUUAUGCAUGAAAGCAUGAACUGUUGUUAUCUGUUGCAGUCUAAAGACUAUAAAGAUGCAAUGUUAUACAUAUUUGUUGCGUUGUGGACUUGUGGAUAAGAAUGUUUAUACAUUUAUUAAAGUA